AUUUUUUCUUUAAACCCAUGAACAAACAGAAACCUUCUUCCUCCACCUCCCUCUGAAUCCGUGAGAACAAGACAACCUUCUCCCUCCAUCUCCCAUGCUAUCUAGAUUGGCUUCUUCUUCAGCCCCAGCCACCCUCCUCCAAGCUUCCAUUCGUUGAUAUCAUUUUUUUAUCCCUCAUCCAAGCGUCGACUCCACAUCGCUUUGCGAUCGCAGUGAGAUUACAGCGAUGAAAUCUACGGCGGCGACUUUAAACUCGAACCCAUAUCUCAGAAUUUUGCAGCGGCGAGGUGGUGAAGCGGCUUGGCGAUUGAGGUCGCGCUCGACCUGAGUACGGAGGACGAGUUUGGUGCAGCCCUGGGCUUGGAGCUCGCGGACGAUGGAUGAUCCGACGGGGCCACGGUGGUCGGUUGACAAUUAUGGAUGGGGUGUCUGCUUAUCUUCUUGGGAGAGAGAAGAUGAGUGUCUGGAUAGUGAAGAAGAGGAAAUUUGGAGCGUUUGGUUAAUAAUAAAAAAUUGCUUAAAGUACCAGCUGGUUCAAUAUUAUUGGUCCACCUCAAAAAGUCAGUAUGCUGCGUCCCGACCGGUCAUCACCCAAGUAUUAUCCCAAUCUGUCUGUGUAUUCCGAACCACUCAUACAAGACUAGGAGUCUACUCAAUAACCACACAAUAGAAAAGAUAAUAAAGAAAGAUCUGGAGUCUACGAUUUGCUCUAAAGUGCGGAUAACAAAUUAAAGGGCGUCCACUCAAAUCUCUUUGUAACUUUUGCCUUUUGAAACUCCUUCCCUUCUGAGUUCUUGCUGCGGGCUUGUGUUAUUACUCAUGCUGAGAGUUUCAUUUUUUCUGUGUUUUCUUCUCAUAAGGCUUUCUUUAUGCGCUGAUAAAUAUAGCAGAGAUGACUUCCCUCCAGGCUUCGUGUUUGGUGCUUCCUCCUCUGCUUAUCAGGUGGAAGGUGCUGCAGACCAAGACGGAAGGACCGCAAGCAUCUUGGACACAUAUACUCAUGCUGGUAAAUAUGAUGGAGCUACUGGAGAUGUAGCGUGUGAUCAGUAUCACAAAUACAAGGAAGAUGUCCAACUAAUGGUGGAUAUUGGUUUGGAGGCAUAUAGAUUUUCCAUCUCAUGGUCCAGACUUAUCCCAAAUGGAAGAGGACCUGUCAAUCCAAAGGGUGUACAAUAUUACAACAAUCUUAUUGAUGAACUGAUCAGCCAUGGAAUCGAACCACAUGUUACUUUACACCACAGUGAUCUCCCGCAGGCACUUGAUGAUGAGUAUGGAGGAUGGGUAAAUCAAAAAAUUGUAAAAGACUUCACUGCAUAUGCAGAUGCGUGCUUCAAAAAUUUCGGGGAUAGAGUUUUGUAUUGGACUACUAUGAAUGAGCCUAAUGUUUUUAUACUUGGGGGUUAUGACAUUGGAUUUCUUCCACCACAACGAUGUUCAACUCCAUUUGGUGUCAAUUGUUCUAGGGGUAAUUCCUCAACAGAGCCAUACAUGGCAGCUCAUUAUACCUUGUUAGCUCAUGCAUCAGCUGCUAGAUUGUACAAGAAAAUGUACCAGGACAAGCAGCAUGGAUAUAUAGGAAUCAAUGUUUUUGCCUAUUGGUUUGUUCCUCUAACAAAAACUAUUGAAGAUGAACUUGCUACCCAAAGAGCCAUGGACUUCUAUUUUGGUUGGGUUUUGAAUCCCUUGGUGUUUGGAGAUUACCCUGAUGUAAUGAAAAAGAUAGUAGGCUCUAGAAUUCCUGUUUUUACUAGUCUUGAGUCCCAAAGUGUCAGGGGUUCAUUUGACUUCAUUGGAUUGAAUUAUUAUAAAACAUUAAACAUCAAGGACUACUCCAGCACUCUAAAGAUUGAAGCCAGAGACUUUAUGGCAGACUCAGCGGUAAAGAUAUCUCCACUGGAAAAUGGUACAACAACAUUUGAGUCUCCAAUGACUCCCUGGGGCCUGCAAGAACUGUUGGAAUAUAUCAAGGAAAAUUAUGGCAAUCCUCCUAUAUAUAUCCACGAAAAUGGUCAACGGACUCGACGCAAUUCAUCUUUGGAGGACUGGGGGCGGGUAAAAUAUUUGCAAGGGCACAUCCAAUCUUUGCUUGAAGCUAUAAGGAAUGGAUCAAACUCAAGAGGUUAUUUCACAUGGUCCUUCUUGGAUUCUCUUGAGCUGUUAGACGGCUAUGAAUCGAGCUACGGCCUUUACUAUGUGGAUUUGGAAGACCCUGAUUUGAAAAGACAACCUAAACUCUCUGCUCAUUGGUACUCUAAUUUUCUAAAGAGAAAAAAUGUCAUCAACUUUGAUGAAGUUCUUACAUCCAUUUCCAAUGGUUACGACAUUCAGUAGAUUUCAUUAUACACAGUUAUAUUCUAAAAUGCAUAUGUUUACAUUCCCAUAAGUUUUGAUAUAAUUCUUAAGUUAUGUAACCUUCACUUCUUUUUUACUUUCUUUGGAAAUGUAAACGCCACUUGAAGUAUUUUAAAUAUCUAUUAGUCUUGUUCUCUUGUUAA